AUUUGGCCAUGGAUUUUCGAAGCCUUAAUAAUGGCGGCAGCGGAAACAGAUUUGUCUGUCCCAGCGAUAGACAAUUGGCAUUGAGAGCAAAAUUACGUGCCGGUUGGAACAGUUCCCAAGUUCAUGAACCCCUACGACCCGAAGAACAAGCCGCCAUCAUCUCUGUCAUCCAGCGUAAUGAAGAAAUUGAAAGUGCCGAGAGGCAGCGUGUCGGACGUUUGGUCGAUCGUGUGGAAAAAAUAAAAUCCCGUGCCGUCGAAAAGGGACCCAACUGCUGCCGCCUCUGUGGCGAUGCCUUUGGCAUUCUGCGAGCUCAACGUAUCAUCUGUGAAGACUGUAAAAAAUCCGUUUGCCCCAAGUGUAGUUUGGACAUCAGUAUACGCUAUCACACCGUGGAGAAGACCAAAGAGAUAUGGCUGUGUCGCAUCUGUUCGGAGACACGAGAAAUGUGGAAGAAAUCGGGUGCAUGGUUUUUUAAAGGUCUUCCAAGGUAUGAAAUACCCAGCUCAACGACAUCGACACCCACCCGGCAUACAGCAUCCACUGAGGCAUUGAUGGCUCAACGUAGAGCCCUCAGUUGUCAGACAACGCCCACCAGGAAUGUAAGGGUUAAAAAGUUGACAAUAAGGGUGUGUGAUUCGAGUAGUUCCGAAGAGGAGGAAGAGGAGAAUAAAACCAAAGAUGAAGUGGAUGGUGGUGGUGCAAGCAAUGCCAUGAACCAAUUGGCCAUUGGUUGUGGCACAACCACAAGUGUCAGCCCCUCGGCCAGCAGUGAUAUCAGCCCCGGUAAAUUACAGCGAGAGGAUAGCUUUCGCAUGCGCACCUUUGGUUCCAUACGCAGUUUCAUCGACGGCUCGGCAGGAGAACGAAGACUUUCAAAUGCUUUCUUUUUCAAUGCCAAUCGCUCACAGUCUCGAUGCGAGGGCAAUGGCCAAACGGAAUAUGAUAACAUAUCGACAGCUUCCACAGUCUUGACAUCCGGCUCACAUGGUUCCUCAACAAAUCGCCGUGAAAGUGGCAAUUUUAAUACCAAUAAUCGUAGGAGUUCUGUGUCCUCAUCAUGGUCGGUCAGUGAUAGUUCAUCGGGUACAUCGGGAUCCAUGCAUAAUCAUGCCAUGGCGGGUCAUCAACAACUGAAUGCCCAUUGCCGGGACCCCUUACUGGGUUGGCUGGAGGUUUCAAUAUGUUAUCGGGAAAAUGAUCAUGCCUUGGAUGCUUGUGUGGUAAGAGCCCGAGAUUUGCCACCCAUGGAUCCAGCGGGUUUAACAGAUCCCUAUUGUAAACUGAACAUAGUUACUGCUGAGGGUAAACCGAAAUAUUUGCGGUGGCAAAAAACGAAAUGUGUCCACAAGACAAGGAAUCCAGAAUUUAAUGACACGCUACAGUUUGUGGGUGUGGAACCGGAAGAGCUGGGUAAUGCCUUGCUGUAUGUGGCCAUAUUCGAUGAGGAUAAAUAUGGGCAUGAUUUUUUGGGGGCCGCAAAGAUUUGUUUGUCGACGGUCCACAACACCAAUCUCUAUAGAAUAUCGGUGCCCCUGGGCCCGGAGGACCAGUAUAGCAAUGCUGCGGAAAUGUCUCAGGAAUGGCCACAUGGAAAAAUGCUAAUCUCCCUAUGCUACAAUACCAAGAAACGGGCAUUGACGGUGAAUGUAAAGCAGUGCAUCGAUUUGAUACCCAUGGAUAAUAAUGGUUCUUCAGAUCCGUUUGUUAAAAUACAAAUGAAACCCGAUUCCCAUCGCAACAAAAAAUACAAGACCAGUGUAAAAUGGCGAACCCUUAAUCCCAUCUAUAACGAAGAAUUCCAUUUCGAAGCUGGCCCACAUGAUCUGAACAAACAAUCAUUGGUUCUCACCGUGUGGGAUAAGGAUUUGGGUAAAAGCAAUGAUUUCCUUGGCAGUCUGGUAAUUGGCCAUAACAGUAAAGGUGAACGGUUGCAACAGUGGUUGGAUUGUAUACGGCUGCCGGAUCAUUAUCAUGAAAAAUGGCAUUGCUUGGCCGGUGAUAAUCCAUUGCAUUAG